AUGAAGAUCCUCUUGGCUCAUUUCUUACUGUCGAUGGCCACGGUCAUUGUGGCGUCUCCACUGCUGCUACGGAAAGCCCCCUCCAGCAGGAGUGUUAUUGCUGACGCCCCUUCAGGAAAUGUUAUUGAGAUCACUAACCAAGUACGGAUUCUGCCUGCUAGCCUUGCACUAGCUGAGGAUAUCGAGAAUUCCGAGAUCCAGAUUACUCCAGACAACACUGGCACGGUAGUCGAGACACGUCCUGGGGAUCUUGGCUCAGGAGUUCAGACUCUUCCAGGAAGCCUCGCCACCGGAGUAGAAACUCGCCCUGGAAACCUCGUCACAGGGGUUCAGACCCUUCCAGGAAGCCUCGCCACUGGAAUAGAGACCCGCCCUGGAAACCUCGUCACGGGAGUUCAGACCCUUCCAGGAAGCCUCGCCACUGGAGUAGAGACUCGCCCUGGAAACCUCGUCACAGGGGUUCAGACCCUUCCAGGAAGCCUCCCCACUGGAGUAGAGACCCGCCCUGGAAACCUCGUCACGGGAGUUCAGACUCUUCCAGGAAGCCUCGCCACUGGAGUAGAAACUCGCCCUGGAAAUCUCGUCACAGGGGUUCAGACCCUUCCAGGAAGCCUCGCCACUGGAGUAGAAACUCGCCCUGGAAAUCUCGUCACAGGGGUUCAGACCCUUCCAGGAAGCCUCGCCACUGGAGUAGAAACUCGCCCUGGAAACCUGGUUGUUCCAGCUACACACACAGUUGCUGAAACUCCCCUUGGAGAACUGCAUCUGAGCUUGAAAUGGGUCCCUGCAACAGAAGAACAUUCCCCAGAUGAACCAUCAAAGGAAACCAGACCAGCUGUUCUUGAACCAUCAAAAGAAACCAGACCAGCUGUUCUUGAACCAUCAAAAGAAACCAGACCAGCUGUUCUUGAACCAUCAAAAGAAACCAGACCAGCUGUUCUUGAACCAUCAAAGGAAACCAGACCAGCUGUUCUUGAACCAUCAAAGGAAACCAGACCAGCUGUUCUUGAACCAUCAAAGGAAAUCAGACCAGCUGUUUUAGAACCGACAAAGGAAAUUAGGCCAGCUAUAAGGAAGACUAGAUCACUUGAUGUAAUCACAGCUGAAACUAAACCAGCUAUUCUAGAACCAUCAAAAGAAACUAGACCAGCUGUCAUUGAACCAUCAAAAGAAACCAGACCAGCUGUCCUUGAACCAUCAAAGGAAACCAGACCAGCUGUCCUUGAACCAUCAAAGGAAACCAGACCAGCUGUUCUUGAACCAUCAAAGGAAACUAGACCAGCUGUUCUUGAACCAUCAAAGGAAACCAGACCAGCUGUCCUUGAACCAUCCAAGGAAACCAGACCAGCUGUUCUUGAACCAUCAAAGGAAACUAGACCAGCUGUUCUUGAACCUUCAAAGGAAACCAGACCAGCUGUUCUUGAACCUUCAAAGGAAACCAGACCAGCUGUUCUUGAACCUUCAAAGGAAACCAGACCAGCUGUUGUAGAACCGGUGGAUGUUUCAGCUACACACACAGUUGCUGAAACUCCCCUUGGAGAACUGCAUCUCAGUUUGAAAUGGGUCCCCGCAACACAAGAACAUUCCUUAGGUGAACCAUCAAAGGAAACCAGACCAGCUGUCCUUGAACCAUCAAAGGAAACCAGACCAGCUGUUCUUGAACCAUCAAAGGAAACCAGACCAGCUGUUCUUGAACCAUCAAAGGAAACCAGACCAGCUGUUCUUGAACCAUCCAAGGAAACCAGACCAGCUGUUCUUGAACCAUCAAAGGAAACUAGACCAGCUGCUCUUGAACCUUCAAAGGAAACCAGACCAGCUAUUCUUGAACCAUCAAAGGAAACCAGACCAGCUGUUCUUGAACCAUCAAAGGAGACCAGACCAGCUGUUCUUGAACCAUCAAAGGAAAUUAGACCAGCUGUUCUUGAACCAUCAAAGGAAACCAGACCAGCCGUUUUUGAACCCUUAAAAGAGACCAGGCCAGCUGUGAGGAAGACUAGAUCAAUUGACUUGAUCUCGGUAGAGACCAGGCCCGCUGUACUGGAACCAGAGGUGGCCAACUCUGAAAAAGAAACUAGGCCAGCUCUUAUUGAAUCACUGGAGACAGAAACAGCUGCUCUGGAACCAAUUGAAACCAAACCAGCUGUUCUAGAACCAGUUGAAACCAAACCAGCUGUUCUAGAACCAGUUGAAACCAAACCAGCUGUUCUAGAACCCGUUGAAACCAAACCAGCUAUUCUAGAACCAGUUGAAACCAAACCAGCUGUUCUAGAACCAGUUGAAACCAAACCAGCUGUUCUAGAACCAGUUGAAACCAAACCAGCUGUUCUAGAACCAGUUGAAACCAAACCAGCUGUUCUAGAACCAGUUGAAACCAAACCAGCUGUUCUAGAACCAGUUGAAACCAAACCAGCUGUUCUAGAACCAGUUGAAACCAAACCAGCUGUUCUUGAACCCGUUGAAACCAAACCAGCUGUUUUAGAACCAGUUGAAACCAAACCAGCUGUUUUAGAACCAGUUGAAACCAAACCAGCUGUUCUAGAACCCGUUGAAACCAAACCAGCUGUUCUAGAACCAGUUGAAACCAAACCAGCUGUUCUAGAACCCGUUGAAACCAAACCAGCUGUUCUAGAACCCGUUGAAACCAAACCAGCUGUUCUAGAACCAGUUGAAACCAAACCAGCUGUUCUAGAACCUGUGGAGACAAAACCAGAUGUUUCAGAACCAGCAGAAGAUUAUGUAUUCGGUAAUUCAUUAGGUGAACUAAGGAUUGGCCUAAGUUGGUAUCCACACUCCAGCUUUGUCGGCCAGGAACCAGCUGUCCCAGAGGAACCUAUUAAGCAAACUAAACCGGCUGUCCCAGAGGAGCCAGCUGUCCCACAGGAGCCAAUUAAGCAGACUAAACCAGCUGUCCCACAGGAGCCAAUUAAGCAGACUAAACCAGCUGUCCCACAGGAGCCAAUUAAACAGACUAAACCAGCUGUCCCAGAGGAACCUAUCAAGCAGACCAGACCAGCUGUCCCAGAGGAACCUAUCAAGCAGACCAGACCAGCUGUCCCAGAGGAACCUAUCAAGCAGACCAGACCAGCUGUCCCAGAGGAACCUAUCAAGCAGACCAGACCAGCUGUCCCAGAGGAACCUAUCAAGCAGACCAGACCGGCUGUCCCAGAGGAGCCUAUUAAGCAGAUCAGACCAGCUGUCCCAGAGGAACCAACCUAUUAA